GGAAAGAAGGAAGAAAGGGAGGGCGGAGGCAGGGCAGAGAGAGGCACCGCCUCGGACGCAGAAGCUCCGCGAGGAGCCAGCGAACAGCGGAGCACCCGGGCCGGGCCGCAGCCACCCGCCGCUCGUGGCACACCCUGGUCCCUUUCCCGUCGCGUCCUCGCCCCGGCCAGCCUCCAGCGUUCGUCCCCAGGCAGCAUGGUGAGGUCUGCUCUCGGUCCCCCGCCACCAUGUACGUGAGCUACCUCCUGGACAAGGACGUGAGCAUGUACCCCAGCUCCGUGCGCCACUCGGGCAGCCUCAACCUGGCGCCGCAGAACUUCGUCAGUCCCCCGCAGUACCCGGACUACGGCGGGUACCAUGUGGCUGCCGCAGCAGCCGCGGCCGCGAACUUGGACAGCGCGCAGUCGCCGGGGCCGUCCUGGCCGGCCGCGUACGGCGCCCCGCUCCGCGAGGACUGGAACGGCUACGCGCCCGGGGGCGCAGCGGCCGCGGCCAACGCGGUGGCUCACGGCCUCAACGGCGGCUCCCCGGCCGCAGCCAUGGGCUACAGCAGCCCCGCCGAUUACCACCCGCACCACCACCCGCACCACCACCCGCACCACCCGGCCGCCGCGCCGUCCUGCGCGUCGGGGCUGCUGCAGACGCUCAACCCCGGCCCUCCCGGGCCCGCCGCCACGGCCGCCGCCGAGCAGCUGUCCCCCGGCGGCCAGAGGCGGAACCUGUGCGAGUGGAUGCGGAAGCCCGCGCAGCCGUCUCUGGGCAGCCAAGUGAAAACCAGGACGAAAGACAAAUACCGCGUCGUGUACACUGACCACCAGCGGCUGGAGCUGGAGAAGGAGUUUCACUACAGUCGCUAUAUCACCAUCCGGAGGAAGGCCGAGCUGGCCGCCACGCUGGGGCUCUCAGAGAGGCAGGUUAAAAUCUGGUUUCAGAACCGCAGAGCAAAGGAAAGGAAAAUCAACAAGAAGAAAUUGCAGCAGCAGCAGCAGCAGCAACAGCAGCAGCCGCCCCCUCCAGCUCCCCCUCAGCCUCCCCAGCAGCAGCCAGGACCUCUGAGAAGCGUCCCAGAACCCUUGAGUCCUGUGUCUUCCCUGCAAGGCUCAGUGCCUGGCUCUGUCCCUGGGGUUCUGGGGCCUGCUGGAGGGGUGUUAAACCCCACUGUCACCCAGUGACCCUUAUGGUCUGCAUCGAUGGCAGCAGAAUUUCAGGCCGGGCCAUGAGGAACGUGGAUUUUGCUAGGAUCAUCAGAAGAGACCCCUCCCCCUCCUUUCCACAAGCAUCUGGCUCUCAGAGGAAAAAUGGGGAUCAGGAGUAAAGAACAAGUGGGACCUGGGGCCUCAGGGAAGAUAUCCAGGAUUUUUUUUUUUUUUUUACUUUUCCAGCCUGACUCUGUAACAGUGUUCACACAGGAAGUGACCUUUGAGGCCUAAUUUGCUACUGGCUGAAGCAUUACCUGAACUGGCUACAGUGGUCAGGCAUCUAGUGGCCUAAUUAAGCUCCAGUUCCCCUCUCCAGAUUCUACAGGCUGCAUUGCACCUCUGGUUGGAGCUCAGGGGACGGAGGGACUCAGGGCAAGGGCAGUGUUUGGAGCCAGCAUGGCUACUUCCUACUCACUGUUUCAAGGACCAGCUGGCCCUCCUGCACGGGGCCAGGGGCGAUUUAAACUGCAGGAGCCAGUGAUAGCAAAGAUAGAAAGCUGGACUGACAAAGACUGCAGAACCCGGUGGCCUGUGUCUUUCUUCUCUUUUUCCAGACCAGGAAAGGCCUGACUGGGUGUGUGCGGUGUGUGCGUGCGUCUGUGUGCUGUGGACUCCAGGCCUAACCAGGGAGAAAGUCUGUCCCCAGACUUGUUUAGAAAGCCUGUCACCAGAGCUUCGCGGGGUGAAUGUAUGUCAGUGCUAUAAAUGCCAGAGCCAACCUGAACUUCCUGUCGUUUUCACAAUCUUAAGGCUGUUGAGGAAGGCAGUUUUUGUUGUCCCUGCCAACGUUUGGGCCAUUGAUCUGUGUCACAUCCGAGCCAGCCUUAUAGAAGCCUUCUGGAUCCAUGGGAGAGAUGUGAUGUGGUGAAGGGAAGUGGGGGUAUCCGAACACGGCUGAAUGUUUUUUCUAAAAAGAAAAAAAAAAAAAAAAGAUAAAUGACCUUUCCAGA